UUGUCUUGUUUUUUGGAGUUUUGGAUAGUAUCGUUUUGUGACUAUUGCAUGUCAGCAAAAAGUGGUUCUUCAGUCAAUCUUUCGGCAGUAGGAAAAGACUUCAGCCUUGUAUCUCCUCACAAGGAUAGAAGUCUGUUUGAUCUACCUUCUUGGUCUUUCUCACAAAAAGAAGACUUGCGGGACAUCAUAAGUUCAUCAAGCGAGGAGUCCUGCUCAUCUACUGCAGUGGGGAAAGGUAAAAGUUAUGACAUACUAUCACACUUAACACAAUUGAAAGAAAGCAAGAAAAUCCAUUCAGAUGAUCUGGAUAUAAGCUUAGUGAAUCUGAAAGGACGCAAGAAAAACCACAUGGAUGAGCUGGAUAUGAACAUAGAUGUAUCAUCUCCAGUUCAGAGAAUUCCAUAUCCUGACUGCAUUUUCCCCUUCAAGGAGGACUUUCCUUCAGGUAAAUUGGCUUCUGAUUCUGUUUUCUGGUUCCAAAAGUUUGACAGGAAAGUAAAAUGUCAUCUGAUCACAACUUAUUGCUUGAAUCUAAUAUUUAAUCUGCUUGCUGAUCCAGUACUGAGUCCCAGGACAGACUUCACACGGGGAAGAUCUAAAUCAAACAUACCUGUUGACCAUGAAAGUUUUUAUGACUUCAACUUUGAGAACAAUAUAUCAGGAGAGCUAUCAGGUUUUGCCUUUCGGCCCCAGAAGCCUCACGCACAUACCCAGAUGUCAGAAGGUUGUUUACCAUAUUCAUUUUCUGCUGGGGACAGUCAACAUGACACUCAAUUGUCUGAUUCAGUGAGGCAAAGGAAUGCUAGCAAGACCAGUGGAGAAUCAGAAGGAAUUUCAAUAAAUCUAGAAAACAAGAUCCUUAGUGAAAAAUCUUUGUAUUCACUAAGCGAAAGAGAGAAUAAAAAUGAGGCACCAAGUGAACGUCUAGAACUGAACAAGAGGAAAGCAUCAUCCUGCAGCUCCAAAGCCUAUGAUCCUCCUGAAGAAGCUGAGGUUCCAUGGAAAACCAAGGAAGUUUCUGAACUUCAGACUUACAUUAAUGACAAAGUUUCUCUGGAUCCUUCAGAUAUCAGAAACAAAGAGUCUCUUAAAGAUAAUUUGGGAUCCGAAGUGACAUUGUUGGAAGCAUUCCAGGUGAGGUCUCUGAUAUGUCUUACCAAGUUCUGCUAGGAAGAUAUGUUCUUCAACUUCUCUGUGUACAAAAAGUGCUUCUUGAAGCAUGACAAAGUAAUACUGGGAUGCAGUGAAGAAUAAUUUUCAUUCCCCAGAUCAAGUAAACUGACCCCUGUAUGAUAGGAUUGGAUAUAACCGGAAAAAAAUGUACUUUUCUGUAAUUGAGGGCAAGGAUCUCUCUGAACGACAAGGAGCGGAGACAGCAUUGAAGUUUAAUAGUUUUACAUCCAAAUCUCAAACAAUGUCUCUGGGAAUUGAACAAUUAGGCCUUGCUAAUCCCUCUAUAGACCAUUUAUCAAUCAUCAAUUUUGUUGAAUUCA